AUGGUCAAGCGCGAGCACGACGACUCAGACGACUACACACCGGACGCCCGCACCCCUGAGGCUGGCGAGUACGAACCCGAGCGCAGUCCCUCCCCGGUCCCAAAGAAGGCCAAGGUCAAAAAGGAGCCCAAGGCGCGGAAAACGGCCAGAGCGAACGGCGGGACGAGUAGCGGCGGCUCCGGCAGCAAGACUAUGUGGGAUGCGGAGCGCAGCGCAUCGCUGGUGGAGGCCGUGUUCGAGGCGGCGGGAAAGGCCAUGGACAUGGACGCUGUGGCCAGCAAGCUCGGCGUCAACAAAAGCCAGGUCGUAGACCAGCUAAAGAACGGUCGCUCUAACAUCCGUCGCAUGGCCAUCGAACUUGUGCGCGCGAAAAAGGGAGGGUCGGAGCAUGGCGACUAA